GGAACCAAAAGAAGUUUCAUGGAAAACCAUCAACUGGGAGAUCUACAAAAGGGCGGUCUGUCUUAUUCAUGCCACUUUUCACUGCCCUUUUCCACUUGUGGCUGCUGCUUCCCUGCUCCAUAAAAUCUACCCCUUCCUAGUGGAACUCUUUCAAAUUCAGUCACUCAGAGAUACCCCUUUGAUUGGAAUCUUGGGAAAGUUGUGGUGCCUGGUGCUUCUCAAUCACCGAAAGGUAGGCAGGGGAUAAUCAGCAAUGGAGAAUAGGUAUGGCCUAAUAAGGCAGGGCAGUGGAGUUUGGAGGGCCUUGAGAGAUGGAGACUUUGAGGAAGAUGAUGUUUGGGAGGUUCUAAAAGAUAGAAACAAUACUUGUGGUAAAAAUAUGGCUAACGGAUCCAAAAAUUCCCAUGUUUCUAUUCUAAGGCACCUCCCAACUGCCUCAAGAAUGAUUCCGAAACCCAGCAGCCACAAUUACGGAAUUGGCAGCAGCAACACAACCAACCAUGAAGCCAAAUUUUUGCAGCAAUCAGCACCUGUCAACAUUCCUGAUUGGUCCAAGGCUUACGGUCAGAAACCAAACAAGGCCUCCAAGAAUGUUUCUUGGCGGAAAUAUGAGCGCGAUGGCGAUGGUGAUGAAGGCGGGGAUGAUGGCGGCAGAGAUAGCGGUGAUGAUUAUGAGGUGGUGGUAGAGGAGGAGGAGGAGGAGGAGGAGUAUAAUUCGAAGGUACCCCCUCAUGAGUUUAUUGCUAGGAGACUUGCAAGGAGUCAGAUAUCUUCUUUUUCUGUUUUUGAAGGGGCAGGGAGGACCCUCAAAGGCAGGGAUCUUAGCAAAGUGAGGAAUGCUAUUUUGAUAAAAACUGGUUUCCUUGAGUCAUUGUGAUAUUGUAGGCCUUCUUCUCUCAUCCAAUGCAAUCAUGAAGAAGGUCUUGCUAUAAGUUUCAUGUAAUUUGUAUAUGGGUCUUGUGAUGGUUUUUUUGUCGGAGAUUGUGUCAUGUUGUUUGUGGAAUUGCCAAGAAAUUCAUCUCCCCUUUCCUCAAGGUUUUUAAUUGCACAUAAUUCUCAUUUACCAUAAGUUUUGACUAACUUAAUAUGACAUUUACACAUAUGAUGUAGUGUUUAAGUGGUGUUCUGUUUGUAUCCUCCCUUAUUUAUGAAGGUGGUUGUUUUUUUCUA